GGCGGCGGGCUGAGCGCAUGCGUGGCGGCGGCUGUGGCGGCGGCGGGGCGGCGGGGAGUCACUGCCCACAGUUGCUAAGCUGCGGCGGCCGUGUCGUGAUGGUGUAGCGGGGCCUGCGGGCGGGCGGGCGAGGCGGCCGGCGCGGCCCACGCCUCCUGAGCGGCUCGGUGCAGCGGCGGCACGCUGAGGGGGCGUCGCCGCCGCUGGCCCCCGGCGCCACGGGAGGCCGCGCCCGCCAUGGCGGCCCGGGUGGUGCUGGACGAGUUCACGGCUCCAGCCGAGAAGGCGGCGCUGCUGGAGCGGAGCCGCGGUCGCAUCGAGGCUCUGUUCGGCGUGGGCCUGGCGGUGCUCGGCGUCCUCGGGGCGGAGGAGCCGCUGCCCGCGCGCAUCUGGCUGCAGCUCCGCGGCGCGCAGGAGGCGGUGCAUAGCGCCAAGGAAUAUAUCAAAGGGAUCUGUGAGCCUGAACUGGAAGAAAGAGAGUGCUACCCCAAGGCCAUGCACUGCAUUUUUGUCGGGGCACAGAGCCUAUUUUUAAAGAGCCUAAUUCAGGAUACUUGUGCUGACCUCUGCAUUUUAGACACGGGGCUUCUUGGCAUCAGAGGAAGCGCUGAGGCUGUGGUCAUGGCCAGGAGUCAUAUUCAGCAGUUUGUGAAGCUCUUUGAGAAUAAUGAGAAUCUGCCCAGCAGUCAGAAAGAGUCGGAAAUCAAACGGGAAUUCAGACAGUUUGUUGAAGCUCAUGCAGACAAUUAUACAAUGGAUUUGUUGAUUUUGCCUACUUCCUUGAAGAAAGAACUACUGAGUCUCACCCAAGGUGAAGGGAAUCUGUUUGAAACAGGAGAUGAUGAUGUCAUUAAAAUUGGAGAUGUGCAGCCAUCAGAGUUGACACAGAAUGCUGCCACAGGACCUAGUAUUGCUAGAGAUGAAAUUGUUUUACAGGAAGAUUCCAGAAAUAAAGCCAGGACCCCUGUUUCUGAGCUUACAAAGCAAAUGGACGCAGUCUUUUCUAGCUCGGCAGAUGUGCUCUUUGUUCCAGUAAAUGGUCUAAGUCCAGAUGAAGAUGCACUUUCCAAAGACAGAGUUUGUCACAAGAGGAGGUCUUCUGAUACAGAAGAAAGGCAUACCAAGAAGCAAUUUUCUUUGGAGAAUGUUCCAGAGGGAGAGCUUGUGCAUGAUGGUAAGGCUUCGGCUGGAAAUGAAGUCAUUGACCUAUCUGAUGAUGCUUCUAACUCUACAAACCUGAGCCCCGAUGGGAAAGACACUACAGAAGAAAUGGAAUACAACAUCCUUGUGAACUUCUUUAAAACCAUGGGUUAUUCCCAAGAGAUUGUUGAAAAGGUCAUUAGGGAGUAUGGGCCUUCUACAGAACCAUUAUUGCUCUUGGAGGAAAUUGAAAAAGAGAACAAAAGGCUCCAAGAGGACCGAGCACUUCCACCUAGCACCAUGUAUCCAGAUGCUGCUCAUAGUCGAAGUGCGGGUGUUGGGAGCAGCACAAAUGAGCUCACGACAGAUUCUACUCCAAAGAAAACACAGAGUCACACAGAGCAAAAUAUGGUGGAAAAGUUUUCCCAGUUACCGUUCAAAGACUCUAAACCAUGUACCUCAAAUUGCAGAAUUAAUUCUUUCAGAACAGUGCCAGUAGGACAGAAACAUGAAAUGUGGGGCUCACCCCAGAACUACGGUUGUAAUGUAGGCCUUGAGACCGACAGCCUCUCACCCUCUGUAGCCCCUUCCAGUCCUAAAGAAGUCAGCUUUAUUUCAAGGGGGCCUGCAGGUCACCAGCAGAGAAGCCCAGCUUUUCCUGAAAAUGGCUUUCAACAGCAAGCGGAACCCUCACUUCCAAAUAAUAUGAAGCCUGCCUGUGAGAAACGUUCUGCCUGUUGUAACUCUCCUCAGCCUAAGCCAAAUUAUCCCCCCCUUUCUCCGCCGAUGCCGCUGCCCCAGCCCCAGCUGUUACCUUCAGUUACUGAUACACGGUUGGCAGGAUCCUCUGAUCAUAUUGAUUCCUCAGUUACAGGGGUUCAAAGAUUUCGAGAUACCCUGAAAAUACCAUACAAGCUGGAAUUAAAAAAUGAACCAGGGAGAGCAGAUUUGAAGCAUAUUGUUAUAGAUGGGAGUAAUGUUGCAAUUACCCAUGGUCUAAAGAAGUUCUUUAGUUGUCGUGGAAUAGCAAUUGCAGUUGAGUAUUUUUGGAAGCUUGGCAACCGAAACAUCACUGUGUUUGUCCCACAGUGGAGAACGAGGCGCGAUCCUAAUGUCACAGAACAGCACUUCUUAACCCAGCUCCAAGAGCUUGGAAUAUUAUCUUUAACUCCUGCCCGGAUGGUCUUUGGAGAAAGAAUUGCUUCUCAUGAUGACAGGUUCCUACUACACUUAGCGGACAAGACUGGGGGUAUAAUUGUAACAAAUGAUAACUUCAGAGAAUUUGUGACCGAGUCAGUGUCCUGGAGAGAAAUUAUUACAAAAAGACUGCUUCAGUACACGUUCGUGGGGGACAUAUUUAUGGUUCCUGAUGACCCCCUGGGGAAGAAACGGACCUCGGCUAGAAGAAUUUCUCCGAAAGGAGGUCUUUCUUAGAGACAUGCAGCCGCUACUCAAUGUCCUCCCCAAA